AGGCAGUCCAUUCCUUCGGUACUCACUUUCGGUUUCGUAGUGCCAGGGCCAAGACGUUCCCGGCAUCCAGGAUAUACACUCACCAGUGCCGCCGUGUUCGGGAUGAGAGGGCCGCGCUGGAGGCACCCGCUUUGUGCCGUCUUGUUACUCUUAGCGGCGGGAGUGGAGCUUGUUGCCCCCCAGCCCAGUGACGUCGUCCAGGAUCUGUCUGACAUUGGCAUCGACUCCCACCCUCAUUGUUCUCCGGGAGCGGGUUGGAGGAUGGUUUUGAUGAUGUGGAGGUGGAGGGCGCCAUCAGCCUCUCCAGGGUGCGGAGGGCGGGAUCGCUUGCAGGAGGAACGCCGGGCCAAGACUUCCCCGUCCUGAACGCCAUUCCGAGAACAAACUUUGACUGCCGGAACAAAGGCCACGGUUACUAUGCCGAUGUGGACACCGGCUGUCAGGUGUUCCACGUGUGUCACGCUGACGGCCGGAUGAACAGCUUCCUGUGCCCCAACACCACCAUCUUCAACCAGCGGAGGCUCGUGUGUGAUUGGUGGUACAACGUUGACUGCGGGAUCUCCUCGCAGCACUUCAGCGUCAACGAAGAGAUCGGGAAAGUGACUCCCUCGCCUGGCAGACCUAGAGUUUCCAACGAUCUCAGCAGAGUCACUCCGGCGGCGAGGCCCGCCUCACCAUCCCCGGUGCUCCGCGGCACCUCAGGAUUCACGGCAGUAUCACAGAACAACCUCAGAGGCAGAAAUGAACAAUCUCGAGGGUCACAAGAGCCCGUGAGUCGCCCUCCUACUUCCCCGUCUCGUUCUCCUCCUUCUCUUGCUGCUCGACCUCCUAGUCCUCCUCUCCGUCCUCCUACCCCUACCAUUCCUCCUACCAUUCCUCCUACGCGUCCUCCUACGCGUCCUCCAACUCGUUCUUCUGCCCGUCCUCCGAGCUCUUCUCUCCGUCCUUCUCCCACUCCUUCAUCUUCCCGUCCUCCUUCCCCAUCUUUGGCUCAGCUGCCAACGACCUUCAGGCCCAGCUCAUUUUCAAGGACGCCACCCAGAGUGGUGGUAAAUCGCCGCCCCGUACUGCCCACCCUCGCCCCUGCUCGCCCCUUCAACAGGCCUCCGGCAGACGGCGUGAACCUCCUCCUGAGUGGCAUCCAGAGUUCUCAAACACCUGCCAAUGUCGCCGAUGCGCGACCGGCCAGCCAGGGUGUUCCUCUGCCUACUCUCACAGGAAACAGACUCUCCGCAAGCACGUCAAGCCGAGGAAGAGGAACGCAGGCGUCAUCCAGCACGGGUGGAGGCCAGGGAAUCCAGACCAUUCCCAGAAGUCGGCAGCCACAGUUUCCACCUUCGACACCUACACAGAGGGCUCCUGGGGUCAGCAUCGGGCAGUCUGCUGGUACCGGGACCCCAACCACCUUUGGUGCUCGUAUCCCUCAAUCUCCCACAGCGUUCCAGUCUGGGGGUGUCCCUUUGCCUACGCUUAGCGGAAGGGGCAGUUCAGGAACAUCAGUCAGUCAGUCAUUUGGAACACAGCCGCAGAGACCACAGUCACAAAGACCCCAAGUGGGACAGCCUAUAAGGAUCCCCGGUGCUGUCACUCCUACGACUCGCCAAGGAGUUAGGGGUGGAGGACAACCAAGAGAUGGAAGUGUUGGUGUUCCUCUCCCUGUUCUUUCUUCCUCUGGUGGCUCUGCUGGAGGACGAGGUGGACAAGGACGGGGAUCUGGAGGUCUUGGAGUUCCUCUUCCAAGCAUUGCUCCUGCUCAGCCUGGAGGUGGUGGCGUUCCACUUCCUGGCUUGUCCUCGUCUCAGGGUGGUCAGAGAGGCUCCUUCGGAGUCCCUCUCCCGAGUCCACGUCCUUCAGUUGGCAGCACCGGUGGCGGGGGAGGCGGCGUCAGGCUUCCAAGUCUGCCGUCGCCAGGGACGCCUUUGCGCGGGAGUGGAGGGUUUAGGUCAUCACGGCCCGCCACCGUCCAGGGCUCACGUGGACCCAUCUUGAUCAUAGAGGCAGACAGGGAUGAUCUGGAUGACCGGUUUGACGAUGAUCGUUUCGACCUGGAUGAUCGCUUCGAUGAUGAUCGGUUCGACUUAGACGAUCGAUUCGACGAUGACCGUUUUGAUCUUGAUGAUCGCUUUGAUGACGAUCGUUUUGAUCUAGACGAUCGAUUUGAUGAUGAUCGAUUUGAUUUGGAUGAUCGUUUCGACGACGACCGUUUCGAUCUUGAUGAUCGUUUCGACGACGACCGUUUCGAUCCUGAUGAUCGAUUCGAUGACGAUCGAUUUGAUCUUGACGAUCGAUUUGAUGACGAUCGUUUUGAUGACGACCAUCUCAGGACUGUCAGACUUCCCCCGGGCGCAAAUAUUCCUCCUCUUCCCUCAUCCAACAAGGUGGUUAUCCUGCCGCCCUCCGAGAUACAGCUGCCACCCCCUCCAAGGUCCUAGUGCUGCAGGGCGGCGGUCCUGAGUCUCGGUGACCCUGCCCUGAAUGGAGGAGUGGCGGGCGGCCUGCAUUGUGCGAGAGUCGGGGCUUCAGCUGUCCAGUUAGACACGUGAGCCUCGAUAGGAAGGCGCUUGUGGCUCAAAACUCUUGUGAUCACAUGAGAAAGCCAGAGCGCCACAUGGCCACUCUCGCCCUCAUCCUCUAUCCAGUGCAGUUCCGCGCCUCGUCUCUCGAGCCUGAAUACCAGUGAUUCUCAUGUUUGGCUUUGUACUGAUGCCAAGCCAUUGUUUGAGCUGCCGCGAAUUGCGUGAAUCUUUCGUGAUAUUGUUUUAUAUAUUGAUGUAUAAAGAGACGAUAGGGGCUCAUAUAUACAUAUAUUUAUAUAUGAUAUAGGUAUAUAUAUAUGAUAAAUGCAUUUCCUAGAUAUUUUUCUACGUGUAAAUAUGAUUGAGAUAUUAUAGGUAGGUUAGAAUGUUGACGAUCCCCAUCACGGCGCUAUGGUCUUGGAGGGGACGCGGGUCCUCUCCACUUAUGAUUGGCUGGGGAGCGUCGCUCCCUUUCGCUGGGGUAUUAUUGGGUUAUUUCCUCCUUUCUGUCCUUUAGCGGUCACUGCUUUUGGUCUUACGCGGUGCCUCAUGGCAAUGCUUCCGCUUCCAGCCAAGGGUGACAAACGCAUGUCCUCACCCGCCCUCUGCUCUGCUUUGCUACUCGUUGCUACUGCACAUAAUACCUAUUUUUUCUUAUUUUGCGUCUUGGGGCAUGAUUUUUAUCAGCUUAAGUGCAGUGUGCCUGAAGUCUUUUCGUUCCCUUGUUCUGGUCAGGUCUGGUAACUUUCGCAUUUGUUUUUUUUUGAGUAAAAUUCGCGCUUGCAUCCUUUCCUUACCUUCACUUGUUCCCGUGACAGUGGCUGCUGACGAUGCAUCAGUACCAGUAAUCAUUUAUGUUCGCUUGGUUGCAUGUCCUUGUGUCCGCCUGCCCGCUGCCUUCACUAUACUCUUCUUGUCCCAACCACGUCCGUCCCACCAUCCCCUCACCCUCAGCUGUCGUGUAGUCAGGGAGGCAGGCCCGUCGUGCCCCGUGAUGUCCGUGUGUCCCUCACCUGUUUGUCUGUGUCAUGCAGAGUGAAAUAAAAUAUGAAAAGCUCCUAAGAAA